AUGUGGACUUGGGGCCGCUUUUCCAUCAUCAUAAAGCCUCAUGAUUCCUUCAGCCAGUGGGCAUCUGGGAGAAAAGGGACUGGAGUGCCCCCAAGGACUGAAAAUUUAUUCAAAAGAACCGAGUCAGUUUCUUCUGGCUUAAAAAUCUUUUUUAAUGAGACAUCAUUACCGGAAAAUUUAUUUUUUUUUCUUGCUACCCAGCAGGGUCUUAUAAGGGUGACUAGCUCUGUUACCAAACAUUUACAAAAGCUGCAUUUUCUUAGCACAACUGAAGGUAGUGUGUGCAAAUUUGUGACGGGCUACACUAGAAUUAUGAAUCACAUAAAACCAGAUGAUGUUCCACAGCAGUAA